AUUUUGCACCUCAACUUGUUGCCUGCCUUCCCGUCCUCCGGACAAGGACUCCCAUUGUUAGGGCGGAGGCAUUAUCAUCUCGUCAUUAUAUACAGAUCUCUAGCUCAGCUAUCCACGGAUGAACAAAACGACAGCAGAAUCCAGCUGAUCACUGACAGGACAGCAAGGGCAAGAACAGCUCGAGACCAGAGGCAGCGCGCAUGGACACGGAUGUGUUGUUGGCAACAUUACGCAGCACAAGAGUGGUGGAAAGUACUCGAUAGAGUCGAUAGUGGCGAAUUAUAACACAUUUGGCUUACAAGUGUGUGUCCAUAUACCUAAAUGUAAUUUUAAACCCUUAUUCUACACACCAAAUUGUUUUAUUUUCAUCAGAGUCGAUUAUGUAGCCUACCUUUCCCUUUCGACGGAAUUCCAGGCAUCAUCUACGGUAUUCCAGAACAGCCGGCAUCAGAAAGACUUCUCUUCACAAACGACAGUUGAAGAAGUCACGACGAAGACAGGAAAACACUGAAAUGUGUAGCAAACAGGGAUAUUUAAGAGUGUGAAAACUUCCUCAACGCAACACGAAGCUGCUCUUUCAGUUUAUUUUGUUGUUCAAGAGGAGAGAAAAUGAUUCCACCAGCUAACAUCAUGCAGGACGAGAGUUUGGGCAAGAACGAGCGCGAUCAGCACGAGACACCUCAGUCACCAGCGCCCAGUGCUAGUCAACAGGAGACAAAGAUGCAGAAGCUGAAGCGCUCCUUUUCCUUCAAAACCAAGAGAAUGCGCAGCAAGAGCGCAGACAAUUUCUUCCAGCGCAACAACAGUGACGCCAAGCUGUCGACAGAGCUGCUCUCGGACAACAGCAGCAUCACAGGCCAAAUGAGCAUCAUCGGGGUUACGGUGGCCAAUCCCGUCCACCCUGUCCACCAUGCCCCCCCUCGUUCAACCUCCAACCUGGUGAUCUCUAAUGCGCCCCCGGCCAUCCCAUGUGCCCCCCCUUCCUUGGUCUACUCCCCAGGGCGCCACCCCCUCGCCAUCGACCCCACCGGACACGGCUUCAUGGAACACAUCUUUAAGAAGCCCACCUUCUGUGACUUCUGCAACCACAUGAUCGUAGGCACCACCUCCAAGCAUGUGGUGAUGCUGGCAGGCAACACAGCCAAGCAUGGCCUUCGCUGCAAAGCCUGCAAGAUGAGCAUCCACCACAAGUGUGAGAAAGGAGUGGGAUCGCAACGCUGCCAAGGCAAGCUGCCAAAGGGCUUUCGACGGUACUACAGCUCCCCACUGCUGAUAACGGAGCAGUUUGGCUACAUCAAAGAAGUCAUGCCCAUUGCUUGUGGCAGUAAAGUGGACCCUGUGUAUGAAGCUCUCCGGUUCGGGACGUCUCUGGCACAGAAGAACAAGAGGGCCAGUGGCUUUGAGUCCCCCCACAGAAACUCUACCAGUGACUUGGCCCAGGUUCCAGAAGAGGCUGUCGCUCACAGCAGUCAACAUGAACUCACCAGGAAGCACAGUGACAAUGUGUUCACAUCACUUGAGAACGGGACGGAGCCCAUUCCCUAUUGCCAUGUGGCUGAGAGGAAACCUGAUGAUUCACCGGAGAGGAGACUGCUGCAGAAGGACAUACUGCAGCUCAACACCUAUGUGGCUUUGUUCACAUUCACACCCCAGGAAAGUGAAGACCUAGAGAUGAGACCCGGAGACAGAAUCGUACUGGCGGAUGACUCUAAUGAUGAUUGGUGGAAGGGCGUAAUCGAGGACAGGAUUGGUUUCUUCCCAGCAGCCUUUGCUCACCAGGUGAAGGCCGGGGACAGAGUGUUCAGGUGUCACCGGACGUUCAUCGGCUGCAAGGAGCAAGGCCAGAUCACCCUGAAGGAGGGACAGAUUUGUGUAAGCGGCGAGGAUGAACACAGCGGCUUCAUCCGAGUGGCCAGUGGAAAGAAGAGAGGCUACGUGCCCUGUGAUGUCCUGGAGAACAUCUGAGAGAGAGAGAGAGAGAGCGAGAGAGAGAGAAAUAGAAAGAGCUGGAGAGAGAUGACGAGAGGAAGAGAAGGAGAGAGUGGAGGGAGGAGAGGCACAGUCACAUACUCCAUUGGUGUACAGGGAUGGCUCUGACAGUAGUUUUGAUCAGCUGCCAACCUCCCUGGCGCGAGGAGGACGAUUGUAAUUACAAAAUGGCCAUCUGAGACUAUGGAGGAAGCCGUCUGUUGAGCUAGGACUCUAAACUCCAAAAUGUUGCUGUUGGCAUUAAGGGAAUGGCUUUGUCAGAAGUCAAAGCCAACCUUCCCCAUUUCCUUUAAGUCUGAAUGGGAACAUGUUGAGACGGAUCAAAUAACCUGAACUUCUGGUCACAAUGACCCCACUCUGCCUCCUUGUAUCACUGAAUUUGGUUUCGUUUGGAUUUUUGGUUUGAUUUUGUUCGAUUUAAAGAACUGCCGUACAUCGUGUGUUCUUUGUGUGACUUCCCAUUGGAGAAUACAGCUGACACAUCACGCAUGAAUUUACUGAAUUCAUGCUUGCUUUUUUAGCGUCAGCUGCAGUAUGUUUCAAUGACCUGUUUAUCCUAUGCCCAAAUGUUCAAACACUUGUUCUCUUUAUCAAAUAGUUGCCUAUAGGCCUAGAUAAUCAUUUACAUUACUUUGAUGAAAGCGGUUGAGGUUACAAACAGCAUGAAUCCCUUUUUCUUCUAUGCUUGUACAAUGGCUCCACUGAGCCUUGAGAGGCUCUAGCUCACAAUUAAAAGCUCAUUCUCCUGAGACAGAGUUAUUUUAUCAGACCCUCUGACACAAAGAAUUCAAUGGUUUUGUCACUGGAGAGGAACAACAAAAAGAAAUGUGUCGAUUCUGAGGGGAGUGUUAUUCAAAGGAGUCCUUUUUCUUUCAAAGAAAUGCUGUAGUCUUUUGCACAAAUCUAGCUAGUGAUGUAUCUAGUCUAGCUGCUUACCCAUCGAAAGACAAAACAGAGCUUUGCAUAAAAAAUUCAGACUCAUGAAAACACCUUUCUAAAAACCUGUCAAAGAGAUUCUUUGAAUGCUUGAAAACAACGAAUACCUAAUUUGCUAGUUGAAGUCUGAUGAUAAUGUUCUCUUCAGGUAGCUUGUCAUGAUAUAUAGUUUCUUGUUUUUAUUUGUAAAGAAUAAUGGAUUUGAUAAGAGAGGUACAGUGGGCAACCUUUCAUAAGUGGUUCGAUACAUUGUAUUUGAAUGUAUGUCAUCAAAUCUGCAUACCUGUUAUUUCAAGGUAUUUGAUCACAAUCCUUUCAGUGAAACUCAAGUUAAUUGGAGUAUAGGACAUCUAGAGUAUAGAAACGAUGCAGUAUCUUCAGAGCAUGAGCUACAUGACCUUUGGCUUUGAUUUACAUUCAUGUAUGCUUACUCCAAUUGCACUAAAUGGUCACUCAGAUAUGGCUAUAGCCUUAUUCCAAUGUAAACUUUCUAGCAAAUGCUGAAGAACAUUUUUAUGUCAGAUCAAGACAUGCUUGUUGAGAUGUAACUUAAAUCUAUGUAUCCCUUUUAAUGUCAACGAAAGGGCUAUUCCUUUCUCUUCCCUGAGAUGUUCUUUUAAGAUUUCUUGUUCAUCCACAUGCAUAUUUGUUUUCUGUUUUAAAAUAUUGUUAUAAAUGAACUGUUAAAGGAAAGGUAUUUUAGUAAAUCUGUCUCUAAACUAAUCUAAUCUGUAUGUCAAAGGUCACUGUAUUGUGUGCACAGAAUCAAACAUCUAUUUCUGAUCAAUUUUAGUAUCAGCAUUUUGUGAAAGUAUUCACAUAAUAUAUAAAGCACAUUGACCUUAACUCGGUCUCGAAUAGCUUUCUCUUCGAACACUCAACGCAGUGUUAGAAAGGUGUUCUUAAUGUUUGGUAUACUCAGUGAGGUGAAAAUUCACUGUCACGAAGAGGCCGCUAUCCCCCUCGUCCUCAUCUCCUUCUCGAGCACCAUACAGAUUUUCCACAUGAGAAACAAGACAGUAUAUCCAAUGGUAUGUAAAAGGUAGAGCAUGAAUAUUACCAGAAAAGAUCAACGUGAUGCCCAUAUUCUUUUGGUUUCUUAUGAGGGAAUUGGAAUCCCUUUAUUUCCCUUUGAAAUCUCUGGUAAUGCAAUAAUUGACAUUUUCAUUAGCUCACACAUUGGAACUGUUAACUACAUGCAAUAUGGCAAUCGAGAUUUAUCACACAUUUUAUGCAGAAGAGCACCAUCUACAGACAGCAUAGUGAACAUUGUGUUCUCAUGAUUAUACAUAGCAUUAAUAAGCAAUAUGGUCACCAAGUCACCGACUCAUACAGUUUUUCAUUCCUCUUUAUACAUCUGUCACAAAUUAUUCAUAAAAGUCCCACACAGAUAGCCGGGCCUCCAAUUUUUGCACCCACACGUGAAUUAGCUUAUGCUAAUUGGCUCAUCAUUUGCUCAACUGGACCACUUAAAUUAUCUUCGCCCCAUCAAGCUGUUAUGAUUUGUAUGCUAAUGAAAACCGCUGUAUUGUGGCUCCCACACAUAAUGCAGCAGGAUUCUAUAAUUAUUUUCAUAAUGUCUAUCACAGCAUCCCAGGGACUGUAUUUGGAGGACUCCUGAGUGGCACAGUGGUCUAAGGCACUGUAUCUCAGUGCUUGAAGCGGCCUAAGCCUGGUUCAAAUCCAGGCUUUAAUUGGGAGUCCAAUAGGACAGCACACAAUUGGCCCAGGUUUGGCCGGGGUAGGCCGUCAUGGUAAAUCAAAAUUUGUUCUUGACUAACCUAGUUAAAAUACAAAAAAAAUGUUAUUUAUUAUGGAUCCCCAUUAGCUGAUGCCAAGGCAGCAGCUACUCUUCCUGUCACGUACAAGGAAUAGGAGACAGGCACAAGAAUACAAAAAUAGUUUUUAAAAUUUCUCUACCCAAAAUAGUGUACGUCAUGAACAUGACGGGGACGAAACCCAAACCAAACGUGCGCGUGUGUGUGUGUGUGUGUGUGUGUGUGUGUGUGUGUGUGUGUGUGUGUGUGUGUGUGUGUGUGUGUGUGUGUGUGUGUGUGUGUGUGUGUGUGUGUGUGUGUGUGUGUGUGUGUGUGUGUGUGUGUGUGUGUGUGUGUAACACAGGGCUAUAACCCAAACAAAGAGUGAGGUGUACCUCUAAUAAAUACAAGGGACGAGGCCCGUCUAAUAACAAGUGCACACUAACAUGCAAGCCGAUACAACAGAGCACAGGUGCUCACAAGACCAACAGACAUGGAACAAUAAUCAACAAGGACAAUGGGGAACAGAGGGCACAUAUACACACAUACUAAUCAGGGGGAAUGGGAACCAGGUGUGCGUAAUGAGACAAGACAGUCUGGGGUUGGUGAUAAUGAAUCAAGUUCAGUGACGCCUAGAGGGCCGGUGAGGUAGACCUCCAGAGCUGGUGAACAGAAUGAGCAGCACUACCGGGGGAAUCUGUGACACUUCCUGGGGUACAGCAAAAUUAAGGCAGUUAUACGUUUUAAAAACAUUACAAUACAUUCAUAACAAAUUUCCAUAUUAAGGGUGUGCCCUCAGGACUCUACUCUACUACCACAUAUCUAUAACACAAAAUCCAUGUGUACAUGUGUGUACAGUGCGUAUGUUACCGUGAAUUUGAAUGCAUGUGUUUAUGUUGCUUCACAGUCCCCACUGUUCCAUAAGGUGUAUUUUUAUGAAUCUAAUAAUAAAUCUAAUUUUACUGCUG